AUGUCUCGGCUUGACGUUACAGAGUGCUACCAAGGCAUCUCCUUCUGUGGACAUCUGCACACACAGGAGUCUCUCCAAUACGCCACUAAUUUUCAGUUCCAGGACACAGACACUCUGAUUGUCACCUACCCCAAAUCAGGAACCACAUGGAUGCAGCAAAUUGUCAGUCUUGUAUCCAGUCACGGAGAUGCCACUAGAGUCCAGACGGAGCCUAAUUGGUCACGGGCUCCUUGGCUAGAACAGUACUACUUCUGUGAUCUUCUGAAGGUUCAGCAAGGGCCCCGUCUCAUCACAACUCACCUGCCCUAUCACCUGCUAGCCUCAGCUUUGCAGGGCUCCAAGGCAAAGGUAAUUUAUGUUGCAAGAAAUCCCAAAGACGUGGCUGUUUCCUACUAUCAUUUCCACAAGAUGGCCAAUUUCCUACCUGAUCCUGGGACAUUUGAAGAAUUUCUUAAUGCUUUUCUGGAUGGAACAGUACAUUUUGGAUCCUGGUUCAGUCAUGUGAAAGGUUGGACCAAUAAUGCAAAUAACGUCAAGAACUUCCUCUACAUCACAUACGAGGAGAUGUGGCAGGACCUACGAGGCUCUGUAGAAAAAGUGAGCCGCUUCCUAAGGAUCCCUCUUCAGGACCAGGAGCUUGCCGCUGCAGAGAAGCACUGUUGUUUCAGCAGUAUGCAGGGAAACUCCAUGGUGAACUACACACUCAUUCCCCAAGAGAUCAUGGACCACAGCAAGGGGAAAUUCAUGAGAAAAGGGAAAAUUGGGGACUGGAAGAACAUGUUCUCAGAAGAACAGAGCCGUCUCUUUGAUGCAGUGCUCAGAACCCAGCUGUCAGAGUCCAGUCUGACAUUUGUUUGGGAGUGUGCUGAAGAGAGCACAAUUCUGCAUGACAGCAAAAACACAGAGGCACCUGCUCGCCGUGUAGCAUAA